AUGCGCCGAGGCAUAGACAUAGAAGACGACUCCGACACGCCCCUUGACUCUAUCUACGCCGCUCAACUCUCGGAACAUCUCGACCAAGUGCGCGCCCAUCUUGCUGGGCAAGAUGGACCUACUCCGUCUCCGUCGUUCAAUGCACCCCGUGCCUUCUGGACGAGCACGGAGAAGAAUCUCUUCUUCCACGCGCUGUCAGUCCACUCGCGGGCAAGACCUGACUUGAUUGCUCAUGAGAUCAAGACGAAGACAACAACAGAUGUUUGCAUCUACCUCAACCUGCUCGAGGAUGCCACGAGGAAUGUUGGCGCACUUCGUAGUGAAGACCGGGACGCAGCUAUAGAAGUAUCUGACAACUGGAUUGCUACCGAGGAGAAAUAUGCACGGGCGCUGAUGCGUGCGGAGCCAGCUGCAGAAGAGGAAGCUCUACAACAGCAACGCGAAGAAGAUAUGCGCAUUCACAGGCUCGCCAUACGCGCACCGAAGAAAAGCGGUCAGGAACGCGACCGCGACGGGGAGAAGGCCCGGAAGGCUGCGUUUGAUCUGUGGCUUUACGACAAACAAAAAGAUUGGGAGACUGAAGAUGCGCUCCGUGACUUUGAUGCACCCAUGUUGACGGCGGUGUAUCGUGUACUUCGAGAGGCAGAGGAGGCAGGGAAAGAGGAUGAACAGCUUAUGGAUCCUGUUCUUGGAGAUGCAUCUCUUCUCGGGUCGACUGCCAACCCAAGCGCAAUACCCGCUCGAGCGCCCGAUCCAGAGGGUACCCAAUCACUAGUGGAACUGUCCCCUGGAGCACGUCGUAGGUUGCAGAAGCGAUUGCAUAUGCGGAAGAAGCGCGCGGAGGCGAAGGGAGUGCCGCUUGACGAGACGGCGGGGAGACUGAAGACGGGAAGGAAGAGCCAUAAGGGAGCAUCCAAGUCGCGCUCCGUCUCGUUCGUUACGGAAACUACGUCACCGACGCUUGAGGACAACGGCGCUCACGAGGAUAACCUGGCGCACAAAGAGAAGGAUGAUCAAGUCGAUCCAGAAAACCAAACGGUACAGGAGCCACAGCGACCGCAAAAGGUAUCUGGAGCUACACUACCGUACAAGCGUCUGGAGAAGCUCGAAAAGCUAGGAUUAAAUGCAGAGAGAUUACAUGAAGAUGGGCUCGGUUUACUCCAUCCUAUAGGAAUCUCUAAGCUCAUGCAGCUUUACAACAGGCUGCAUGAUGUUCCCCCUUCAGUUGGUUCUCAAAUUUCAGGAGAGGUGAUGAAGCUCUUGAAUGCCCAUGUCAUUCAUUUCACAACGCAGUUGGUGCAUCGGACAGUAAUUGUGAGAGAGCAAGAACAGCUUGCGAAGAUGCAUAGUUUACUGGGGAGACUCGGCAUCGAACCACAGGAGGAUAGCGAGGCUGGAGGUGCUCGUGAACGGGAGUCACAGAAAGACGUGCAUAGCAAGCGUAGACAACAGCAGCAAAGUUCACAAAGUGACCAUUCCGAAUCGGAUAGUUCCUCGUCAGGGACGGACGAGGAUGAGGAUGACUGUGACGAUGGAGACGAGCCGUCGGACGCUAAAGACGAGGAUGGAAAUAUAGGUGACGAUGAAGCUGAAUCCAAGCUGCUUUCUGCCCAAUCGCUUCACCGAACAAUCUUCAGACCGUUUAUGCGCCUUCCGUCAUCUGUGCGCUCGGGCCCCAACUCCGCAGAUGUCCAGUACACAUCUGCCUACAUGCCCUAUCCCCUUCCGUCUACAUACGCCGAGCCGUUCCGCGAAGAGGAGCUCAUGCCGGAGGACACUGACACGGAUGCGCUUCUCGAGGAGCUCGUCCAAGAGGAGAAGCUAGACAAGCGGGAUCGCGAAGUUGACAGGAUUUAUGAAAAGGACCUCUGGCACAAGUUCAACUCUCACGAAGCCACCUGGUCUGCGGGCGAGAACCAGGACAGCGGCGACGAGCCUGAUGAACGAGUGGGCAACAAACGAAAAAGAAAGGAGCAAAGCAGCGAAGACGAGGAAGUUAAGAAAGGCCAGGGCACCGGCCUGCGAUUCUGUCGCCCUGGCGGCCGUAUCAAGUCGAGCAUCUACAUUGUUGACAGCGACUGA